CUGCCGGUGACGUCAUCACCGCGCGCCUCCUCUGCCGCUCGCGCCAUUCCUACAAACGUGUGUCUCCAUCUCUCAUGACAUUAACCACAGGCUGAGCUCCAGCAGCCUCCGUCACCAGCCUCCUCUCUGCUGCCGCCAUUCUUCUCCCAGGUAUAUCCAGCUAUGGAUAUGGACAGUGCCAGUUCAGUGGUGCUGCAGGCGUUAACCCAAGCGACCAGUCAGGACACAUCUGUGCUGAAGCCUGUGGAGGAGCAGCUCCGACAGUGGGAGACCCAGCCAGGCUUCUACUCAGUCCUUCUGAAUAUCUUCAAUAACCACAUGCUGGAUGUGAACGUUCGGUGGCUGGCUGUGCUCUACUUCAAAAAUGGCAUUGACAGAUACUGGAGGAGAGUAGCGCCUCAUGCAUUAUCAGAAGAGGAGAAGACGUCACUGCGUGCUGGUCUCAUCACAAACUUCAAUGAGCCUGUUAAUCAGAUAGCGACACAGAUCGCAGUACUGAUAGCCAAGGUGGCCCGUCUGGACUGCCCCAGGCAAUGGCCAGAGCUCAUUCCCAUUCUGCUGGAGUCCGUCAAGGGUCAGGACGGCUUGCAGCAGCACAGGGCGCUGCUAACAUUCUAUCACGUCACCAAAACACUCGCAUCCAAACGUCUGGCGCAGGACAGGCGGCUUUUCCAGGAUCUGGCGUCGGGCAUCUACAGCUUCGCCUGCUCCCUGUGGAGCCAUCACACCGACUGCUUCCUCCAACAGAUCUAUGCCAGAGAUGAGGCUACAGCACUCAGCUCGCUGGAGAGGACGCUGCUCUCUCUUAAAGUUCUUCGCAAGUUGACAGUCCACGGAUUUCAAGAGCCACAACAGAAUAUGGAAGUGAUGGGUUUCCUGAAUGCAGUGUUUGAAAGGCUAAAACAGUUCCUGGAAUGCUGUCGACAAGGUGGUCCAGAUAGCACAUGCAGAGAAAAAUUGGAGAAGACAAUCAUAUUGUACACUAAAGUUUUGUUAGACUUCUUGGAGUAUCAUCCAUGCCCAUUCAUACCUCUCAUCCAGCGCUCCCUGGAAUUUGCCGUCAGCUACGUGUUCACACCUGCAGGGGAGGGAGUAACCUUUGAGCGCUUCAUCGUCCAGUGCAUGAACCUCAUCAAGUUGAUUGUAAAGAACGAUACCUACAAACCUGCCAAGAACAUUGAAGACAGUAAACCAGAGAGUCUGGAGGCUCACAAGAUCAAGACAGCAUUCUUCACACACCCCACACUGACAGAGAUUGGACGCCGGCUCGUCUCACACUACUUCCUUCUCACUGAGGAAGAGCUGGCAAUGUGGGAAGAGGACCCCGAGAGCUUUGCUGUUGAAGAAACAGGUGGCGACUCUUGGAAGUACAGUCUACGACCUUGUACAGAAGUAUUGUUCCUGGAUCUCUUCCACACCUACAGCCAGACGAUGACGCCGGUACUGCUGGAAAUGGUUCAGAAUCUCCAGGGCCCAACCAAUGCCGAGGACCCCGUCCAGCUGCUAAUGAAGGACGCAGGUAAGUCGAAACCGUCCUCUUCUCUUGUUGCUUCAUCAACCAAUCAUCUGUCGUUCCAGGAUUUGGACUCAAACAUUUCCGAUUAUGCUGAAAUUACCAUUAUUUCUUCAAUGCAGAAUGUGAAGGAUUUCAGAUUUGCCUUUUAUUGCCAUUUUGUAACCCCAAUCCCAAACAAUACAUACAAGUGCAGAGGUAUAUUGAGACAUACUAUAGAUUUGAAUAUAGAUGGCUACACAAUACACAAUUUCUGCCUCAGAUACCAACAAGGGCAGAUGCAGAGGGACACUUUUCGCCUGCCCAUUACAACUGUUGUAAAACCAUCAGUCCCCAACAUUCAGUGCGUCACAUUUGGGACAAAACUUAUGUCUCCUCUCCUCUCCAGGUACAAGUUGAUUCGUCGACGGGUCAUCUGGCUGAUAGGACAGUGGAUCUCUGUCAAGUUCAAAUCUGACCUGCGACCUUUACUAUAUGAGGUCAUCCUGAGCCUCAUGCAGGACCCUGAUUUGGUGGUGCGGAUUGAGACGGCUACAACCCUGAAGCUCACUGUUGAUGACUUUGAGUUCCGGACAGAACAAUUCCUCCCUUACCUGGAGUCGAUCUUUGGGCUGCUCUUCCAGCUGUUGCAGCAGGUGACUGAGUGCGACACUAAAAUGCAGGUGCUCCACGUCAUCUCCUGUGUCAUCGAGAGAGUAAACAUCCAGAUACGGCCAUAUGUUGGCUGCCUGGUUCAGUACCUGCCCCUCCUCUGGAAGCAAUCUGAAGAACACAACAUGCUUCGCUGUGCCAUACUCACGACACUCGUCCACCUGGUACAGGGUCUUGGGGCGGAGAGUAAGAACCUGUACCCUUUCCUUCUGCCUGUCAUCCAGCUGAGCACUGAUGUUUCCCAGCCACCUCAUGUGUAUUUGCUGGAGGACGGACUGGAGCUCUGGUUGGUGACUUUGGAGAACAGCCCGGCCGUCACGCCAGAACUGCUCAGAAUUUUCCAGAACAUGUCCGCUUUGUUGGAGUUGAGCUCCGAGAAUCUGCGCACCUGCUUUCAGAUCGUAAACGCCUACAUAUACUUGUCUGCCGCAGAGUUCCUGCAGAACUAUGCAGAAUCAUUGUGUCGAUCCUUCUGCAAUCUGCUGAAAGACAUCACGAAUGAGGGACAGGUCCAAGUGCUCAAGGUGGUGGAGAUAGCUUUAAAGGUUAGCCCCAUACUGGGAGCCCACAUGUUCCAGCCCCUGCUGCCAGCUGUCUUCAGAGGAAUCGUGGCCGGCGAGAGAUAUCCUGUGGUGAUGUCCACCUACCUUGGCAUCAUGGGCCGUGUCCUGCUCCAGAACUCCAGUUUCUUCUCCUCAUUGCUCACUCAAAUUGCCUCCGAGUGCAGCCAGGAGAUGGGCCAGUUGCUGGGCACCGUGAUAGAGAUGUGGGUCGACCGCAUGGACAACAUCACUCAGCCAGAAAGGAGGAAGCUGUCGUCGCUGGCUCUGCUUUCCCUUCUACCAUCUGACAACAGUGUGAUCCAGGACAAGUUCUGUGGCAUCAUCAACAUCUCCGUCGAGGCGCUGCAUGAUGUCAUGACAGAAGAUACCGAAACAAGCACCUACAAAGACUGCAUGUUGAUGAGUCAUUUCGAGGAGCCCAAGCUAAGUGACGAUGAGGAGCCACCAACUGAACAGGACAAGAGGAAGAAACUGUUGGCCCUGGAGGACCCGGUGCACAGCGUCUCUCUGCAGCAGUUCGUCUACGAGAAGCUGAAGGCGCAGCAGGCCCUGAUGGGCGACCAGGGCUUCGGGGUCCUGAUGGAGACCGUGGACACGGAGCUGGUCCGGCAGCUCCAGGAGUUCCUGCAGGGCCUGUGAAUCAGUCGGUCACUUCACAAACAUCUUCUGAUGCCACCCUCUCACCCCCUUCGUUUUUUAAAUGUACUGGAAAAAGGCUAACAAUCUGCCCGACGUGUGGACUCCUGUAAUCCAAACCUUCCCAGCCUCUACCCAUUCUAUGCCUUAUCUAUAUUCAGACCUAGCCUUGUCCACUGUCCUCAGCCCACACACGUUGUCCCUUCUCUUUGUGGAUUCCUUUACAUCCCUUUUUUCUUUUUUUUUUUAACUCAAGAUGGGGUUUAUGUGAGUGCUUCAAAAAGUCAAAGCACCCCCACAUUUUUUUUUAAUCGCCCACAUAAAAACAUCACCACACUAGAGCUUCCACUCAUUUGUUGUAGUUUCUUUCGUUCUGUGGUUUUGACGUGGAGCGGGGAGAAAAUCUGAGGGAAAGUAAAAGAGUUGGGGGAAUAUAGCAAAAAUCUUCUGCAGGUGCCAGAGAAGGGGCCUCGAACUAUUUUCUAUGUAAAAAAACAGAUUGAAGCAGAUAUGAGGACAAAAUGAACACGAAGGACCGAAAGCAGUGUUUACAGAAUCUAUUCUUUCAAAAGAAAAAAGAAAUGUAAUUUUGUACGUAUGUAAAGUUUGGAUGAUAUUCUGCAAGAUGGUAUUUUACUUUUUAGUUUGUUUUUACGUUUGUGUUCAUUUCUCUUCCAUUUAAAAAAAAAAAGAAUUGUUUUGUCGUUACCAGACAGGAAGUUGAAGUAACUACUGAGAGAACUCAAAGGUGUUUUUUCUUUUCUUGUUGAGAGGGAAUGUUUCUCGACUGUAAAAUGGCUGAUUUUAAAACGGUUGAUUUGUAAGAGUGCUGAACCCCAUUUAUAUGUAUAUAUACAUACUGCUGCUAAUUGAUGGUGUGUCGGAGCACUUUAAUAACCCCAAAAAAAAAAAACAGUUUCAUAUUUUUUCAUCUUUCAACGAAUGGUCUUCACACAUCAUCGCACGUAUUAAACAGUCGGAGGAGGAGGCCUUGGAGCAGUGCAGCAGGAUUGUGCAAAUUAGGUUGAAUUUACAUUAAGGCUCUCAGCUUGAGUUGUUGCCAUUUCUCACGUCUCCUUGUGCAAAACCGUAUUCCAAAAACUGACUGCAAACAUUACACGCUAUUAGGUUGUGUCAUCACUGUUUUCAUUUUGACUCCAGUGGCUGUGAGGAACUCGCAUUGUGAGCCAUUCCGAGUUCUUCUGAGGCAAAACUCAUCACUCUUACAGAAAGUUAUGUGGAGCUUUCCUGCUGCUCUGCCUUGUUUCAGAUUUUUUUGAUGACAUUAUAGUGAUAGAGACGAUGCUUUGAUAUUUUUAUUUUCACAGAAAAACACUUUGUCUACAGAGGUUUUCACAGAACAAUUGAUUAUUUGGAAACUUGUAUUGUGAAGUUUCUGGACAUUAGCAAGUUCUUUAAGGGGGUGAAUUUGUACAAGUGGCAUGUGGAUCUGUUUCAUGCAGAAUCUGAAUAAGGUCUAAAGAAAUAUUUUGUUUUAAUUUGAAACUCAAAGAAACUAGAGGGGCAAAGGCCCUAUUGCCACGUAAAAAAAAAGUCCUGGAUCCGGCCAUUUAUCCAAAUUCGCUCCAAGAUUUGAUGUUUUUUGGGUCAUCCCACACCCUUUCACAAAAUUUCAUGGAAAUCAGUUAUGUCCCUUUUCCCCAAUCCUGCUAACUAACAAACGCUGAUGAUUUUUAUUUGGGUCUGCCGCACAUUGCAGAAAUCAUAAAUUUGAUUUACUCUGGGUCCAAAGACAUAAAUGAUCCUUUAUAACCGAUUCUUCUGGAACUUCCGUGGUCAUGUGUUUUCGUUAGGUUGUUCAUCCUCCCUGUGAGGGAGAUAAUCCUGACACUAGCUUUUUUGACACUGAUAGAGUUGAGUAGCAGUCAGAGUUACAGCCUUAUGCUUUCAGCCUUACCUGUCGUUGAAACUCAAAAGGUCUUUCUUACUAUUCUUUUCUUAACUAGAUUAACAGUAGAGGAUUUCUGUGCUCUGUAUUUUCUGUUAACGAUGUUUUGCACACAACACACAGUAGAGGGAUGUGUGGUUGUUUUUUGGUUUAUAAGUUUGGUUAUGUUUUGAUUGGAAAAUAAUCCUUGUUGCUUUUUUCCAAAGCCUUCAAUAAAAUGCAGUAAUCAGUCAAAAA